UAGGACAACAUUGAAUCCACGUCCGUCCUUCAUUUGGAUGUUUUGCGAGGAUUAUGCAUUACUGUUUAAAGAAUUAUGGGCUUAACAAUUAAUGCCACUCUGUGUCCAUGUUUCUGUCUGGCACUUUUAGUUCCUCUGUUGCUGACAGUGAGUUGACGUCCAUAUAUGUCUGUAUUCUCUAGACAAUAUAUCCCGCCUGGUGUAUAUCACAGUUCCACAUGGCCACUACCCACACUAUAUCCUCUUUAUAGCCAACAGCUGUUGCUUCCAUUCCGAGUAACACAAUGUCAUCUCUUGUUUACCAAAAUACAAUGAAUUUGAUGAAAUUUCCUGUUAGAUUAGGUGCUGCUUCAGAAGUGUCUCCUGCCUUGCAGCUGUUUGGUUGGUGUAGUUCUUCAUCUCCAUAACACGAGUCAUUUCUGUGUAAUGUCGUGAUGAAAAAAGCACCUAAUUGCAUUGUGGCCUAUAUCCAACCUGUAAUUCCAGGCGUCCAUGGAUUUGAUAACCAUAAUGAGAGAUUGUGCCGGAGUUAGUGAAGCAGAGCCACUCACUGCAGCGUGUUGGCCGGCGCCGUACGGCCUUAUUAACACAUAGCGCCUUUCCUGGGUCGAUCGGGGAGUUUAAUAUUACUCAUGUGCUUUAUUAAAUAGGAUUCUGUAACAGUGACAGAGCGAAGACACUUGAAUAUCUGAGUCUGGUGAUUGACAUUUUGUCUGGAUUCACUGCAGUAGUGCUGUGUAAAUAUUGCUGAAGUGAUGCACUCGUGUUAAGCCGGGAGGACAUCUCCAGAGGAACAACGGCAUAAAAUCAUGCUCUUUGCCGAACUCAUGCCAACCCGCGGCUACAUUGCCGGCAAGCCGGUGUCGAGGUGGGAUGCGGAGUCCGACAAUAUCGACAUUGAGUACAAGAACCUGGACAGGCCACGACCCCAAGCCUGGUGCGGAGACUGCUUCAGUGGGAGGAAGGGGACAAUCCUCAAGGUCCUCCUCCUCAUCGUCAUCUUCUUUGUAGGCCUCAUUCUUGGAUACAUCAUCAGACGCAACAUCCAUGAGACUUUCAUUGCCCCAGAGCAGAAGCCGAACUUCGGAGUCCAGCAGGACUACAGUCCAGAAAUCAGCAAGGUGAUGAGAGACAGCAUCAAUAACGUGGCCAACUACCAAGACCACAUCAAAACCAUCACUAGGAAGAUCCUGCUGUCUGGCCUUGGUGGAACCAACCAGAUGAUAGACUAUGUAGACUCUUUCUGGAAGGCCUACUACUUCAACUCGCUCAGAGAGAAGAAAUAUUCUGUCCAGCUCUCCUAUCCACAAUAUGAGAAGGAUACAGUCAGUGAGCUGCGUGUGGUGGACAGCAACAACACCGUGUACUUCCACUACCAUAACAACAUGACCAACGAGAAAGUCGAGUACUUGCCAUUCAAUGCCUAUGCAAAGUCAGGGAAUAUUACAAGCGACCUUGUGUAUGCUCACUAUGGCCGCAGUGAAGAUUUUCAGAAAUUAAGGGAUCUGAAAGUCAAUAUAACUGGUUGUAUUCUGCUCAUCCGCUACGGGAGAAUUCACCCUGCAAACAAGGUGAAACACGCGGAGGAGUACGGUGCUAGUGGGGUGGUGCUCUACAGUGACCCCCAGGAUUUCUCAGAUCCCCAUGCUGAAGUCGGCAGCUUCUACUAUCUCCGGAGUUGGGCCAUCCAGCUGGCACAAGUUCGCUACGCCCUCACUGGUGACCCGACGACACCACAGUACUCAUCUAUAGAUGGAGUUCCCCGUGUCACCAACAGCAACAACAAUUUCCCCGAUAUCCCUGUGCUGCCCAUCAGCUAUGGAGAUGCUAAGGACUUGCUCAAGUAGGUUGACAACCCUGUAUGUUGUGU